AUGCCAUUCAUCGACUUUCAAAGUCCAUCGCUGUAUAAUCUGUCCGCAAUCGGAGUUUUUCGAGAAGGCCCUGAGGCCAAAACAAAUGUCGUUACUAUCCACGACGAUCCCACGAUCAUCAAGAAAAUGAUCGAUUAUUUCUAUCGUGGAGACUACGACGAUUCUCCGGACAAGAGUCAGCCUGCCACUAAUCCCGACUAUGAUUCUCCAACCACCAAGGCGCAUGUUAAUAUAGAAAUGUACAACGUGGCUGAUAAAUACGCCAUUGAACCACUUAUGGCCCUAGCAAAGAAAAAGCUCGAGUACAGACUUACCUUAGUCUGGGACAACAAGGAAUUCAUCCACAUUAUCGAGAAAGUCUACGGAGAGGAUAGCCCACAAAACUCGAAGCUGCGAGGGACAAUAGCCAAGUUCGCCGUUGAACAUCUUGCAACUCUUAUAGAGUUGCCUCGAUUUGACGAGGAUAUAGUCUGCGGUGUCAUUGGUCCCUCUCAGCUUGACCGAUAG